GGAUCAGCAUGAGACGAACCAGUUCCCUCAAAUACGAACGUCCCCUGGCUGCGCUCUCCCCAGAGAUCUCUCAACUCCAUUUCGACAUCGACCUCAGCCUACCUUUCCGUCGUCCCUAAAGCUUGGCUUGUUAGUGCCCGGCGCGGCAUCCGACGCGCAUAUUCCCACACGCUCCGCAGGAGUUGGGAUUCGAACCGUUUGAAAGGCCCCACCUACUCGCUGCCUGUCUCGAUGGCGUCAAACAUCGCAGUUGCUGGCGUCGGCCCAGAUGCCUUCUCCGAGAAGAAGAACAAUGCGCUAGGCGAUAUCGAAACCGGCAGCACCCGCAUCGAACCAGCGCCCCCGAUCUAUAGCCCGGACGACGAGGGGAAAGAUGACUCUGAGUCGAUCAACUAUCACACCCUCACCUGGUGGCAAGCCGGAGUGGUCAUGAUUGCCGAGACCGUGUCACUUGGUAUCCUAUCACUCCCCGCCGUCGUGGCGACCCUCGGACUGGCUCCCGGACUCAUCGUUAUGGUCAUCAUGGGAUUCUUGUCGACGUACUCGGGCCUCGUCAUGGGCGAGUUCCGGAAACAGCACCCCUGGGUCCAAAGCUUCGGCGACGCUGGCGAGGUCAUGGGCAGGUCCAUCGGCAUGGGCAAGCUCUUUCAAGAGGUCUUUGGCUGGGCGCAAACCAUCUUCGUCAUCUUCGUUAUGGGCAGCCAUCUCCUGACAUGGACCAUCUGCCUUAACACCCUGACCAACAGCGCGGCGUGCACCAUCGUGUGGGGCGUCGUCGGCCUGGCCGUUUUCUGGGUGCUGAACACGCCUCGAACGCUGAAAGCGGCGGGCUACUACUCGUUCGCGUCGUUCGCGUCCAUCUUCACGGCCGUCUUGGUUACCAUGAUCGAUGUCGGCAUCGAGAAGCCCAUCGGCACCACCAGCAUCGAGGUGUCCCGCAGCGUUGGCUUCACGUCGGCCUUCCUGGCCGUCACCAACAUUGCCGUCGCCUUCAGUGGCCACUCGUGCUUUUUCGGCGUCAUGUCCGAGUUCAAGCAGCCAAGCGACUGGCCCAAGGCACUCAUGCUACUGCAGGUCUGUGAUACGGUCCUCUAUGUCGUCGUCUCGGUCGUCAUUUACGUCUACGUCGGCCCCAACGUCCCGUCGCCCGCCCUGUCGGCCGCCGGCUCGCACGUGGUUAGGAAGGUCAUUUGGGGCAUCGCCAUCCCGACCAUUGUUAUCGCCGGCGUCAUCUAUGGCCACGUCGCCGCCAAGUACGUUUUCGUGCGACUCUUUGGGGCCACCAAGCACCUUCACAAGCGCACGGCGCUCGGCUGGUUCGGCUGGCUGGGCAUCACGGCUGCCCUCUGGGCCAUCGCCUGGAUUAUCGCGCAGUCUAUUCCCGUUUUCAGCAACCUGCUGGGCCUGGUAUGCGCCCUGUUCGCCAGCUGGUUCUCGUAUGGCAUUCCCGGCUCGCUGUGGCUGUGGAUGUACUACGGCGAGUGGUUCUCGAGCCCCCGGCGCAUCGCCCUGUUCUCGCUUAACGCCUUGCUGGUGCUGGUCGGCACGCUGCUGUGCGUCCUGGGUCUGUGGGCCUCGGGAGAGGCGAUUGCGAGGGAUUCGGGGACGGAUCCAUGGAGCUGCAAGAGCAAUGCUGGACAGUAGAUAUGGAGAACUGUUUAUAUUUACGAAUGAGAGACGACAAUGUACAUGUUUCGCUUUUGGUAUGUCUACUUGCUGCUGUGGCGCCCUGUGAUGUUAUCGUGGC